GUAUGUGUGUUGUUGUUGGCAGGGCACGACUACCCACAUACCCACCCAAACAUUAACGACAAAAAUACAAAACUGAAUAAUUUUAAUCGCAGACAGUAUAUCCUUCUUUGUCUUUGUGGUCAGCUCUGACUAACCAGACGCGUUGGUAAUCAUCAAUCAUCGUUGGUAAUCAGUGGUGGCGUUUGUGGAAUCAGUCGGCCAACCGCGAUGGAUACACCACCAACGCGAGAUGCAGGUCCCAGCAGUAACUGCAUCCCCGGUGAUGAGGACGAGGCUGCUGACCUCCCCCUGCCCCCCAUCGCUGAACGGCUGGCCUACCUGCGGCCGUCUCGAGAGCUGCUGGAGUUCUACAGGCAGAAGGUGGCCCAGUUCGAUGGGGAGCACGAUGACCUGCUGCAGAUGCUGGAGAGGUACAGGAGCACCACAGAGGACCAGCACAAGGUCCAGUGGGAAGUCCAACAGCGUGAGGGAGAGAUUGCCGAGCUCCAGAAGGCUCUAAGUGACAUGCAGGUCUACCUCUUUCAAGAACGAGAACAGGCACUACGCCUCUACGCUGAGAACGACCGCCUGAAAAUAAGGGAGUUGGAUGACCGGAAGAAGAUCCAGCAUCUCUUGGCCCUGGUGGGGCCGGACACAGGAGAGAUCACUUACUUCCACAGAGAGCCCCCCAACCAGGUCACAGUUCCUCAGGUGAAGGUGCAGCCAAGGCCACAGGACCAGUGGAAGGUUACAAAGACAAGAGCUGCUAAAGAGGUCAGCAGGAAACCCUCCAGGACUGGAAGUCAAGAUGCAGAGCAAUACAAGAAGGACAACAAGACCUUAUUACUGCAGGUGGAGGCGCUGCAGGCCCAGAUGGAGGAGCAGACGCGUCUGGCCAAGGAGCAGGUGGAGUGCCUUCAGGAGGACCGGCGCAUCCGUGUGGAGGAGGCCGACGUGCAGCGCCAGCGGGACCAGGAGCGACUCACCGCCCUCACAGACAAGCUGCAGCGCACACAGACCCUGCUGUACGAGAGCACCAGGGACUUCCUGCAGCUGAAGUUCUCGAGCCGCAGUCAGGAGAAGGGCUGGAUGAUGGAGAAGGACCGGCUCCUGAGGGACCUGGACGGCUGCCACGAGAGGCUGAGAAGCGGCCGGGGGGGCCUGGAGGCCGUGGGGCCCGCCACCGCACCCCAGCGCCUUGCACAGGACCAUGACCACGACGACGCCCCCGCGCUCUCCAAGAAGAUGUACCAGGAGGAGAUACGGGCUCUGAGUGAGGAGCUGAAGCAGGCCCACAAGCUGGCAGACAUGUACCGCGAACAGUGCGUCACCCUGGAGACGGAGCUGUCUCAGAUCAGAGAGGAAGGAGACGUGGGCAAGGAGAUGUUCCAGGAGCGUUCAGACAGGAUGGCGAAGCGAUUGCAGAUGAUGACUCAGCGGUAUGAGGCGCUGGAGAAGAGGAGGGAGAUGGAGGUGGAGGGCUUCAAGAGCGACGUCAAGCACCUCAGGCAGAAACUCAAGGACGUGGAGAAGCAGCUCUUUAAGGUCACUUUAAAUGUGGGACCCAAUCAGGACCUGGCGAUCCUCCAUGAAGUGAAGCAGAGCAACGCCCGCACCAAAAAAGUACAAGACGAAUUGAAGACUCUCAAAGCCAAAAUCUAUGGAUUGGAGAAUGAGCUCAGAUACUGCUGAUAUUACUCUUGAGGGGUAUACUAAGAAGCUGGUUCAAGAGGUAAAUCAUUUAAUAAAAGAGCCUGGAGUCCUCAUUCUCCUAACAAACUGAGGACUCCAGGCUCUUCUGAUUUACAUCUAACUUAAUAACCUGGUUUACUCCUGAACCAGCUUCUUGGUAUAGGCACCUGUUUGGAAAGAUCAAGGCAGCUAUAGCUUGAAGAUUGCAUCUCUUGGUCAACUGUACUCCUUGUUCAGCCACAUAUUUGGGGUAGUUUGGUGUAAUAGCUGGGUGAGGUGACCUUGUUAUUUAGAGAAUGUGUAAUAGUUUAGUGGGCUUCCAACUGUGCCUUGCUGUAUGCGUCUUCCUCAUCUAAAUUAUGAUUGUAAGUGUUACUCCGUUAUGUAUAGAUGUGAUUUUUAUUUUUUAUUUGUACAUUUGCAAGAUGAUUUUGAUUAAAUUGUUAGUUAUUUAAGAAUUGCGUUCUGUACUGUAUGUUGACAAGUGUUUUUCCGCUUCACUAUGUAAUUGUUUUAAGAUGAUCUGAACAGAUCAAACAUGCCUUUUCUACAGUACCUGGGUCUUUGGUACCCGUUGCAUUUGAGUGGCUUAUAAAUCAAUAUUUCCCCAACUUUUUGAUAAUAAAACUGAAGCGGACAACAAAA